UGGAAGCGGCCUGUGCCACACUUCCUCUUUUGCGGGUUGCUUUACUGAAGUCAUUCCCGUCUGAUAAAAUUCAAUAGGCAAUAACACCCGUUAUUUCUGAAUACGGCAGUACCAUAUCGCGUCGUGCCAAAAUGAGGAUAUUAUCAUACUGGAUCUUCCCCAUUAUAUCAGGCCUCGUCUGGCUUGGCAUGCUCCUCGGCAUGCUCCUCUACUGGAUCAUCGACACGAACCGCGUCGUCUACCCGUCCAUGACCCCCCCGCAAACCAUCGCCUACAUCAGCGACGUCGGCGCCUACUACCUCAAGCCCCUUUUCAUCACGGGCUGCGUAAUCACCGCCAUUUUUCUCGACCUCUCCUUCUUCUCCGACCGCUGGCUCCGUCACCGCGGCCGCCUCGUGCCCAACACAUCGACUGGCGAGAAGGUCCUGUACGGCUUCACCAUCUUCUUUGCGCUCGUCGGAACCGUCGGCCUCGUUUGCCUCAGCAUCUUCGAUACCUACCGCCACAAGAACCUCCACCUCCUGUUCCUACUGUUGUUCAUGGCCGGCUACCUGCUGUCCGCCAUCUUCAUCUGCUGGGAGUACCAACGCCUCGGCAUUAAGUACCCCGAGCACCCCAGCCUCGCGAUCUCAUUUUGGAUUAAGCUCGUCUUCAUCAUCGUCGAGGUCGCGCUAGCCGUCGCCUUCAUCGUCUGCAACUUCAGGGAGACUUACAACACCGCCGCUGUCCUCGAGUGGGUCGUCGCCUUCAUCUUCUCGUUCUACGUCUUUUCCUUCACCGUCGACCUGUUGCCCGCGGCCAGGACGAGGAACAAGGCGAACCGGUUCCAGAAGCCGGGGAGCAUGCGCGAGUGGAACGCUGGUCAGCCUGGCCAGCCGCGUUUUUAGCUGUGCUGGCUGUGAUGCUACUUAUAGAAGCGAAGAAUUAUAAUGUGAAAGGCCAAGCGGGGCAGGGGUCCACGGAGUUGUGUACAAAGCUUCACCAAAAUCAUGAUUAAUGGAACGGGGGUGCGAAACGCACCAGCAUACUAGGGGGACGUUAUGAGAAGCCGGUGUU